GAGAGAGAUCUUUUAUUUUUUCAUUUUUUGUCACAUUAUAUAUGUUUGUGGAGACGUGUUCUUUCACACGUAUGUUCACACCUGUCAUCCGCAACUACUCAGCUAGUAGCUCCUUAUGUUCCACGUUUCCUUCACCGCCUCUUAACCCAAUGACUCAGACUUAAAACCACCUCACUGCCGAUUGUACCCUCCGCUUCAUCUCCAUCUUCUCCAAAUCCUCGAUUAUAGUUGGUGAUGUCGUCUAGGCCCAAAUUUGACAUCCAAUUGCUCCGAUUUGAAUUAUCUAGACCCCACAAGGAAGAAAACCAUGACGGUCUCGCAGCUGUAAGUGCCCGCUGUCCGCUUUCCCACCCCGGCUCCAUAUGGUACGCUGAUUGUCGAACUUUCUCUGCUUCUUAAUGUGCAUUGCAAUCCAUUCGCCCUGAUGUUUCUCUAGGUUUGGAGCUUUCGCCUUAAAUCUGAUUUGGGUAUGUGUAAUUUUAUUGUUCUACAUUGUGUGUGUUUUGAAUGACUAGAAAAUAACGCCUAAGAUAGAUAGACUGGACGAGGUCGAAAGGGAAGCAGGAAAAAACAGCAACGCACAUCGGCGCUGGUGAUGGUGGUGCUCCCUAUCUGUCUUCCUCUGUUAAUAGAAGCGACACCUCUUCAAAGCCAAAACUCUGUCAUCAUCAACACCGCAAUCAAUGGGGUACUCUCACUGCUCUCUUUGUCUAUCUAUACUCUGUACAAAUAAUCGAUUUCUCCCAAAUCUCUUUGCUUCCGAUUUUCCUUUAUCUUCUAUUCUUAAGAGGAGAUUCAGAUUCGUCGGAUCAUGAAUCCGACUUCCAAAAUUCCAGGUUCGAUUUGUUUAAAUUUUCUUUAAUAAUUGUUCUUGGAAUUAUCUAUAUACGUUUGUUUGUAAAGUAUUGUGAAAUUGUCAACUUUUUGGUGAUGAAAUACAUUAACCUCUCAUGGAAAACAAAUGUUUUCUUAGAAAAUUUUUAUGAUGUUUUGGUUUUCUGCUGAACAGAAUCAUAAAUUUUCACGAUCUGGGAAAGAUGAAUUUAAUUUAGGUGCAUGAAUCAAGCUAUUGUGUGCUUUCGGUAAAGCUAUGGGCUUUUUUAUCAGUAUUUGAUCUGGUUUAUCAUUUUUUUUUGUUCUUAUUUAUGGUCUAUUUAACCGACUUGCAUUUAUUUUUGAUAAAUUUUCAAUUGUUGAUACUAUUUGGCUCUGUUGUUUGACAGCAACUAAGUUAAGGUACCUGGUCUGCAAUUUUUUUUACUAACGGAAUGGACACAAAAGGCAAAUUCUGACUUUUAUGGACAAAUAGGUGAUAUUUCAACUCAAUUUUGACUUAAAUUGUAGAAUUUACCGGUAUAUUUUGCCUGACAAAGUGAUGAAUUUUCAUGUCAUUUUCAAUCUAAAUAUAAAAAAACUGAAGAAAAGUAUCAUGCAUGUUGUAUUCACAAUGAAUAUAUGUUUAAUUUUUUUUUUACCUUAAUCAUUUUUUUUCUCUUCCUUUUUGAUUUUUUUCAUACAUAAGAACUUUGGCUUCUACUUUUUCAAUUCCAAGGGCAUAUAUGUCUACAUAUUUUACAAUUUUCCCAUUGUAUCCGAAAUAUAAGAUUUGAUGAGCAAAAACACUAGAUAAUCAUUAACCUUUUGGUAAGUAAUCCAAUCUUUAUCGUUUUCUUAUUAAUUUGGAGGGUUAAAAUUUGAAGAAUUACAUGGUCUACAGGCUUUGCAAAUGCCUGUUAUUUUUUUGUUCUUUUUUGUUUUUUACUUUAUGGAUUUGAAGUAUAAUUAAAUAAAAAUACUCUUUUUAUUACCAACAAAUGGAAAUGAAUUCAUUUUAUAUCACGAAUGGAAAUGAAGCUGUAUGUAGGUGCAGUGUGGUAAGGAGGAUAAAAUUGGCAUUGCUAUGGUGUCUUCAAUUACCGGUUGAAUGGACUUUCACUUUGUCACAUUUGGAGGCUUCAAGGUGCAAGAGUUAUAUAUAGGGCAAUAUGGCUUUUUUCUGGUGGAUAGUUAUCUUAAGGAGGUUACCUAUCAAGAGUAGAGUACUUUGAAAAGUUAGGGUUCGUUUUAAUUGAGGGAAGAAAAAGUUCAAUCGAAGCAUACGGUUUGGAAAUUGAAGAGAACUGGUGAAUGCGAGUGUUAUAGUGAAGAAGAUGGCCUCCGAUUCCAAACAAAGUAAGUAUUUAACAGUUUAUAUACAUUAUAAUGGUUUAUUCGCACGAAAACCAUUAGUGUACUUGAACGCUGUUGUUGUUUCAAUCUGUGAUGUCGAUUUUGGUGCAAUGGAUUUCAAAGACUUUAACUUGUUCAUUGCAAAGUUGAUUGAAGGCAGUUGUGAUAAUGUAUAUUAUUGCACUAGAAAUGAACCAUUGGCAGAGGGUAUUAGGAGAAUUAGGAAUGAUGCUGACUACUUUGAGUUUAUUGAAACGGGUUAUAGUGAUGAAGCCGGUCUAAGAAUGAAUGUGUAUAUAGACCACGAAAAUGAACCUGUACUUGAUUGGGCUGAUAUGGAAGUAAUGGAAGAUGAUGAAGGGCAUUAUUCUGAGGAAGACCUGGAUGAUGAUAUAGAUUCACAACUUUCUGAUGAUGUUCCAUAUGAGCAUGAAGCAGAUGAUUACAUUCCUUCUCUUGACAAGACUAUUGGUGAUGAAUUCUUACAUCGGGUGUCAGGUAUGUGUAAGGAUAUAGAUGAUGAGGCUGAAACUGAUGAGGUUGAAACCAAGAAUGGAGAUGACAAACCAGUGUACCCUAUCCAUAAUGAGAACCUGAAAUGGGACAAAAUGGUGCCAAUUCUAGGUAUGAGAUUCUCUAACCCCAUGGAAUUGAAAAUUUGUUUGACUAAUUAUGCAGUGAAGAAUGGGUACAACCUUUAUUUUGAAAAAAAUGAUAGUCAGAGGUUAUUAGUGAGAUGUUGUAAAGAGAACAAGAACCCCUCUUGUCCUUUUAGACUGUGGGCUUCCUGGAUGAGCAGUGAAAGGUCUUUCCAAAUUAAGUCAUUAGUUGAUGAACAUAACUGUUCAAGAGUCUUCAAACUUGGUUCCAUUGUAACAUAUAAAUGGAUUGGAAUGCAUUUUAAGAAUCAACUUGUGAAGAACCCUAAAAUGAGCAUAAGGAAAAUGAAGGCCAAAGUGAGUACAAAGUUUAACUUGAUUGUUAGUGUCACUCAAUGUAGAAAUGCUAGGAGAUAUGCUUUGGAUGAGAUAGAGGGUAGUUUGAUAGAACAUUAUGGUAAAGUAUGGAGUUAUGGAGAAGAAAUAAUGAGGACAAAUCCUGGUUCAACAGUAAAGAUAGAUGUGAAUGUCAUGCCUGAUUCCACAACCUACUUUUCUAAAAUGUAUGUUUGUUUUAAGGGUGUGAAGGAUGGUUGGAUUGCAGCAUGUAGGAGGGUAAUAGGGGUAGAUGGUUGUUUUUUAAAGGGUAUAUGUAGAGGCCAACUGUUAGCAGCUAUGGGUAGGGAUGCAAACAACCACAUCUUCCCUAUUGCAUGGGCUGUGGUGGAAGUUGAAAAUAAGGAAACAUGGAAGUGGUUUCUUGACCUCCUUCUGGAUGACAUUGAAAUGGGAAUUGGUCAUGGAUUGACCCUCAUAUCAGACCAACACAAGGGAUUAAUAGAGGCUGUCAAAGAAAGGGUUCCAGCAGCAGAGCAUAGACAAUGUGCUAGGCACAUCUAUGCUAACUUCAAGAAAAGAUUCAAAGGUGAACAAUAUAGGAAGUUGUUUUGGGCAGCAGCUGCUAGUACUACUCAACCAAAAUUUGAGGCAGAAAUGAAUUCCAUAAAAAAAAUUGACCCUUUGGCUUAUGAACACCUCAUGGAAAGGGACCCUAAAAGUUGGUGCAGGGCAUUCUUUGAAGUGGACAGGGCUUGUGAUGCUUAUGAGAAUGGCAUAUCAGAAAGUUUCAACUCUAUUAUUGAUCUUGCUAGGAAAAGGCCACUCAUCACCAUGUUGGAAGAGUUAAGGAUUUAUGCAAUGGAGAGGAUGUAUAAAAUGUUGCAAGAGGGACAAAGUUGGGGGAAUUUAAAAAUAUGUCCAUCUAUAAGGUUUAAGAUAUCAAAGCUAAAGAAACAGCAAAGAUUUUGGGGUGUUAUACCAUCUGGGAUACAACAAUAUGAAGUUAGGAUUGGAAAUGAUGGAUAUGCUGUGGACCUUAACAACAACACAUGUGGAUGUAGAUCUUGGCAAGUAUCAGGUAUCCCAUGUGUGCAUGCAGUGGCAGCCAUUUCAUACCUUAACAGGAAUGCAGAGGAUUAUGUUGCACCAUGGUUCCAUACAGCCAUGUUCUUGACUUGUUACAACCAUACCAUUAACCCACUUAAUGGUAGUUCCAUGUGGCCUGAAGCUCCCUACAUGAAGCCAUUGCCUCCUCAAAAAAGAAGGUUACCAGGAAGGCCAACCCUUAAAAGGAAAAAAGAUCAAUCUGAGAUGGAAAGCAAGGGGAAAACAAGGCAUACUAUCUCAAAAGCAGGUUCAGUUAAUAGAUGCACUAUUUGUAGAGAAAGGGGCCACAAUAGAUCAACAUGUCCUACUAGACCAGCAGAUGUAGCAUCCACUUCAAGGCCAAAAAACAAGAAACCUAAAAAAUGUAAAAAAGAGAAAGCAGGUAAAGUGGAACCAGUUCAAGUGGAUCCAGUUCAAGCAGAUCCAGUGGAUCCAGUUCAAGUACCAGCUCCACAGGUUGAUCCAGUUCAAGCAGAUCCAGUGGAUCCAGUUCAAGUACCAGCUCCACAGGUUGAUCCAGUUCAAGCAGAUCCAGUAGAUCCAAUUCAAGUACCAGCUCCACAUGUUGAACCAGUUCAAGAAGAUCCAGUGGAUCCACUUCAAGUACCAGCUCCACAUGUUGAACCAGUUCAAGCAGAUCCAAUGGAUCCAGUUGAUGUACCAGCUCCUCCAGUGGAUCCAGUUCAAGUAGAUGAUCCACAUCCAGAUGUUGAUGUCCCUGCUCAACCAGUUGCAACUAGACAGAGGAUACGAAAAUACUCAGAAAGAAUUACCAAGAUAGGGUUGAGAAGGAAGGUUUUGAAGAAAGAAGGAAGCACUGGACACAACCCAAUGGUGUUGGAAUGAUUUUAUUUGGAAAGACAAACUUUUAGUCUUAUAAAUAUGUAAUUGGGAAAAAUUUAAGAAUCAUGGCACAUGGCACAUCUUUUGACAUAUUAGGACAACUGUGGGCACAGCUUUUGUAAUAGUGCACAUGCUGAUGGAAUAUUACAACUUUGUCUUUUAUCUAUAUGCUUUGGUGUACGGUUAUUUGCAUAUAGAUUGUUUAAUCUUA